AUGCCUAAACAAGGGGUUAUGGGGUUAUUCCCCAUCCCCGAGUACCCAGAGUUCGAGCCUGAGCGAGGCAUGUGGUCGUCGGUUGUAGACGUGCUUCUCACAACACUGCGUUACAUCGCGCCCGCUACUAUACUCACCCUGUUCUGGGGACAGCAAAGCUUCCUGUUUAAACUGCUGAAAUACAUCGACUCGGCUGUUAGAUCUUUGAUAUUUUCAAACGAAGAACAGAAGCAAACAGUACUACAAUGGCUGGGAGAGGCAGGUCCGGUGCGAGUGGACAAGCUGGAAGUGGUAUGGCGCCACGGCUGGAUAGUGUGUGGGGUGCUGGACGCGGCACUGCCUGGCGCCUGCGCGGGGCAUCCACCAACGAGACUGUCGCUGAAGCACGCGCAGUCCAUCGCCGACAACUACCUUGGUGUUGAACCGGUAUUUACCCGUCAAGAGCUUGAAUCAAAUGAUUCUUUAAGUAGACACCAAGAAUGGAGGCUGAUAAAUUACUUAGAGAACAUCCGCUUAUCUCUGUUAAAAUUGACACCAACAACACCUAAAUCCACGAAUUCACCAGUCCAAAAAGAAAUCAAAGAAGUGUCACAGUUUACUCUUGACUACAUAGCUAGAGGGUCGGGACUUGUAGCAGCACAACCCAAUCACAAAGUGCAUUUCAAAAUAUACCCCACGGCCCAACAAACUUUGGACCCUGGAGAAAUCAACAUUUUAAUACACGGACCAAAAGAUACUUAUGGGAUAGCAGUACUGCCACCUGUACUCGGUAAAGCUCAGAUGAUACGACAAAAUCUACUCGGACUACAAUCAACAUGUUAUACUGAAAAUAUUCUUCCAAUUACACAAGGAACAACUUAUCUCCGAUCGUAUGGAAGUCAUGAUAUGAACAAAACUUUUUACAUACCAAAAACUAAGUAUGACAUAGAAAUUGAUAUCGAACUGAAACAAGAUCAGGCGAGAGUCGGUUAUGUUGCGAGCUUAGAAGGAAAAUAUGAAAUAUCUAUAACAAGUAGGGGGCAAAACGUCGUUGGUUCGCCGUUUAAGGUAACAGCCUCAAACAACGUUCUUGGUAAUUUAGAAGCAGAUAAUUUUUGUUUAGAAGAUGGAGAAGAAAUUGAUAUUGUAGAUGUCAAAACAGACAGAAAAGUCGUAUUAAGGAUCGUAGAUUUUGUGACGGAAAAGAUGUUGCUAAAUGAAAAUGGAACUUUUGAGAAAAUAAGUGACGAAGAAGCGCGAUAUUUGAUGCAGACUGAAAAGAUACAAAUUCCAAACAAAAAUGUUGACGAAUUAAAGCAGAGACAAAAAGAAGACAAAUGUAUUUCUAAGUCCAAUAAGUUCUAUCAUAUAGCUAAAAAAGUUUUAACUUUAUGUCGUGUUUGUAAAACUUUUCAAAACCACCAAAAUAAAAACAGAUACAAUAAGGACACAAUGAAAAAAAGAGAUAUCCCUGAUAUUUUAAAUUCAACCACGUAUGACGAACAAUUCAAGAGUCACACUCUGCUAAAGGACAGAAAUAGAAUCAUAGUUCCAGAGAAUAUCACAGUCUCACUUUUCACUGAAAAAGAAUUAAACAACACUCCGAACUUGAACUAUCAUACAGAUACAUUAGAUAAUUACAACGUACUAAAAGUAGAUCAUUUUGAAGACGAUACAUUGUCCGUAGAUACAGUACAAUCGUCAAAUAAUCCAUUUGUUAAUGAUAUAUAUGACCAAAAUUAUACAGUACACAAAAGUUCAAGGUCUUUGAUACCGAAAGAAUUUGAGACUCACAAUUCACAAAACGAAGAAACAACGCAGUUAUAUACCAAUAAUGAGUUUCAAAAUAUCAAUCCGUUUAUUAAUAUUAAUGAAAUAGAAAGACCAAAAACACCAGUUUAUAAAAUUAUUUCGGGAGAAGUAACAAAUCGAGAUGAUUCCGUAUACAUUGACCCGGAUCAAGCAUUCUCAACUGAUGAGAGUACAUAUAACAGUUUUACAAAUCCUUUCAUCAAACGCGAAGUAGAAAGUGGUUUGUAUCAGGAAAAGCCAGACUUUAUCAUUGGAGCACCAGUUUCUCUACCUCCUGUCAAUUUUAUUCCAUCUACAAAAACAAAUACCGACAGAAUAUCCAAUACAGAAAAGAAAAGUACAACGAAUAAUAAAAUAACAGGCAAUCAUUCUACAAUAAGUUCUUCAAGAAAAGAUAAUUCUACAGAUAUUAAAGAUCACAUAGAUGACAAUUUUAGCAGUUUAGAUUCAAAUUUAACACAAGAUAUUAUAAUAAUAUCCCGCAGUAGUCCUACGCCCACGACGACUAGCCAAUCUCAAACAAGUCGAGAAAUGUCUCCGAAAAAAGAUACAUGGGAUUCAGCUUACGUCAGUAUAGACGAAAAUAAUUGUUUAACAGAAAACAACGUCAAUGAAAUAUUUAACGAAUCAUUUAUUAAACGAAAGUCUCCAUUAUCAGAAGAAUUGUCGAAUAUGGGCCCAGCCGAACGAGAAAUUUGGCAAAGUGAUAGUGAAUUUAAAGAUAUUAGUUUUACAGAUGAAAAUUAUAGAUCACACAAACAUGAUAUCAAGCGCCCGGAAUUCACUCCGAUAAUUGAGGAAAACGAAAGAAAUAUAAUUUCUGAUAUGAAGGAAGAAAUCUAUGGACGUAAUACUGAUAGUGAUUCAGUGGCAGAUAGGUUUUACGAAUUGAACGAUAUAUAUGACAAACAUUACACAAACUCUGAAAAUAUUUCUGUAACCACAACAGAGGACAGUAAACUACAAAAUUUAGGGAUAGAUUAUACCCUAAAAGGAAACGACAUUUGUGUCAAUUCGGCAUCUGACGUAAUAACAGAUGUGAAAAGACACGCAAAAAAGAUUGAAGGAAAGAUUUCUGAGGUUCAGGUUAUUACCACUGAAUCAUUUUCAGUAAGUCCAAGCCUUCAUGUCAAAACCAACGAACAUUACAAAGAACAAAAUAAUAAUGACGAAACACAAUUUGGCGAUCAAAUAUAUUCGAACAUAGUUUUAGAAAAGAAAAAAUAUUGGGAUGAUAAAAUAAGACAAAUAGAAGCAAAAUCAGAAGAAAUUAGAUUAUUUCAAAGUAAAAGAAGGUUAUCAACGAAACAUUCAAAGCGAAAUGAUUCUAUUAGUAAAAGAAAGGGGAAAAGAAUUGUUCAACAGCUUUUGAAGUCAGAAAACUAUGAAACUUAUACAAAAUCGAAUACCGAAAGUUCUGAUUUUGAGAAAACAUAUGACAAAGUCGAAAAUUUGAAAAGCGAUGGUAGCUUCGAAGGUAAGACAGUCGAAGCAAGUAAAUAUAGCUCGAGUUUUGAAAACAAUCUAAAGAACAUAAAAUGUGAUGCAACGAUAGACAGAUUAAGCGAGGCAAUACAGGACAGUAAUCAAUUUGGGACCGAUGAUAUCAUUCAUGAUACAAAAAACAGAGAAAAUUCGACUGUGGAAUUGAAGCAAGAAGUAUCCGAGAAAGUCUUUCAAGCAUUUGAAACAAGUCCUAAAAGAUUUUUUGGCACGUCAAGAAAACACAUUUUAAAUAAAAUCGAGACAUUUUUAGUUUCACCUGAAGAUGAAAACUUACCAGGAAAAGAUACAGAAGUAAGUCAUGAAAAUGGCUUAGUAUCCAGUAGAAUUUCCUUGUUUCAUACAAUGUCACAAAGCGAAGAAUUACAGAGUUCACGAAGAAAAAGUAAAUCAAUGCAUAAUAUUUCAAAGCUUACGUCUUUAAAUAAUAUAAAUUCGAAUGAAUUAGCAGAAAAUAGUAACGAAAGUUAUAGUGAAAACAUUAGUUGCAGUAAGAACUCUAGAAUACAUACACAGGAAAGUCCUACUUCCAUAAAAGAAAAGAGAGCCAGGUUAUUGCAAUUAGCAAACAAUAAAAGUUUCGAUGACAGUCUAUGUUCAAAACAUACUAAUAGUGAAAAUGGAAAUAAUUACGUUAAAAAAACAAUAAAAGGUUUUAAUCAACAAAACAAUUUGCAAUUUCAAUCUUCAACAAACAAAUUAAAAUGUAUGAGUAAAUCCGAAAUGGAUAUAUUUAAUAAAGCGUCUGAUACGUUAAUAGAAGUAGAAAUAGAUAAGCAUAAAUCUUAUGAAGAACUACCAAAAGUAUCGGUGAAAAACUUCAUAUCACUUUACGAAGAUGUAUCAAAGACCUCGAAUAGUAACCUAACAAGUCCGAUAAAAACAAUGCAUGGUGUAAAAUCUAUGGGGUCUCCAAAUAAACAAGUUCCAAUCUCGACACAAGGGACUACAAGUACAAACAACACUUCAACUACAGAGACUUCAAUGCAACAGUCACCGCUUUCAAUAAAUACACCAAAAUUUAUAAACUCUGAUUCGACAAAGAAAACUUCAACAGAAGAUAAUACAUACCAUUCCAACACAAAAAGAUUAAAGACUUCUUUUAGUUGCAAUGCUGCUUCUACACAAGAUAAAGAAGAAAAGUAUUUAAGUCUUUCAGAUAUAGAGUUAGAAAUAAUAGAAAAUAUUGAAGAAAAAAAAGAAGCUUCGUCGGAUAAGGAAAUUUGUCAUCUAGGUUACAAAAAUCGUUUUUGUAAAGCAAAGCAAUUUUUUCAAUCCCUAGAAGAACUAAGAGAAGACAAGAAGUUAAAGAAAUGGGGUCCGUCCAUUUCUGAAAACAGUAGCUCCAGUGAAUCUCUAGAUAACAAUAAUCGACGUAAAAGAAGCAACAUUAAGAAAUCACAUUCCAUGCCGUCAUCUGAAAUUGCAAAAGCCUGGAACGAAUUGCAAGAACAGAAAGAGGAGAAAAAGUUGGUAAAGAUAUCGGAAAAGUUCAAUGUAGAUGAUUUAUUCGAAGAUGUCAUGGAAGGGAGAUUAAGCCGCCAAGGAAGUUUAAGAGGCAUACCACAUAAAAAGGCAGUACUUCAAACUUUCAAAUCUAUGGAAAAUGUAGCCGAUAAUAAAUUGAACUCCUAUGAGAUGGCGGAAUCGCAGUUACAUGAUUUCGAUAAAGAUAAUAAAAUUAAAAACGCACAGAAUUACCUAUCCGAAUACCCCUAUUUACCCACAACAGAUCCGUCAAAAUAUCAUUCAAGAUUAGAUGUAAAUGCUACAGGCUUAAUAACUUUUAAGGAACUUAAGAAAAUACCUAGAAGAAACAGCGUGCCAGACUUAAGAUUAAAUGCAACAUUUACUGCUGAUCUUUGAAUAAUAAUUAUUAAGCAGGUAUCUUCUAUCAUAAAAGCAGUAUUUACGAAUAUAGACUUUAUAAAUCUCACGAAAAACGUUUAGUUGCGGCUAUGAUACAAGUAGAUUGGUCUAUUGUUUGUACCCUAUCUAAAUUUUAAACGGAUUUCAUGAGACAGUCUACUAAACUCAAAUCUUUUAUAAUACUACUAACAUCGCUCUCUUAUUAAAAAUUGGAUGCACAAUCGGCGACUAAAAAACGUCCCCACUCAAUGAGAGCCAAACACAACUUCUUGGCACUCAAUUUAAGUAGUCGCAUUUGCAAAUUCAACCUUAAACUCAAUCCUUAAGGUUGAAUUUGCUGUGAAAUUGGGAUUGUAUUGAAUAUUGAAUAUUGGUCUAUAUUUAAAGGAUUUUAGGUAUAAUUUUCUUUACCAGUAAUUCUAAAACUGUCAAAGAGCAAAGUUGGCCAAUUUUUAAGUGAAAUUUUCUGCAUGAUUGUGCGUCCUUUUAUUGUAAGAGGUCAAUAACUACGAAUGAAUGAGUAUACUAUUUAUAUAUGAUGUUUUAAGUUAAUUAUCAUUAUUCAUAUCAUUUUAAAUAAUGCUUCUACUAAGCUUUAAUUUUUAAGAAAUUGUACAAUUUGUGUACAGAUAUUGAAUCUUAUUAUUCUUAUACUAUUUUUUAAGAGAAUGGACUAUUUAUUGGAUAAUAAAAUUGCUUAUUUUGUUAUA